CUCAUCGUCUCUCAUCAACGACAAUACCAGCAACAGCAACGGCUGAUCGCAUUCUUCACGCCUCGUAGCUUCCUCCCUCUUCAAACCCUAGCUAGUCUAACGUCUGUCCUCUUCUCUGAUCUUCAAAGUUCGUCAUCGAGCUUCAGUCAUGGCACUUACCGAAGAAGUUACUGUUGCUGUCGAAGCAGUUUCUGAUCCGCCCGUUACCGAGCCGGUCGAAGAGAAACCAGCAACCAAAGCUACCAAGUCGAAGAAAACAACAGCUAAGAAAGAACCAAAAGAGCCAAAAGCUAAGAAGCCGGCCGGUCCGAGGAAGCCCAGGUCUCCUUCUGCACAUCCUCCAUACUUCGAGAUGAUCAAGGAGGCGAUUGUGUCUUUGAAAGAUAGAACUGGUUCGAGCCAGUACGCAAUUACAAAGUUCAUCGAGGACAAGCACAAAGCCAACCUUCCUUCAAACUUCAAGAAGCUUAUGCUCUUCCACCUGAAGAAGUUCGUGGCAGCUGGAAAACUUGUGAAGGUUAAAGGUUCGUUCAAGCUGCCGUCUACUCGUCCUGCUGUAACGAAGCCAGCCGCUCCUGCCGCCAAGAAAGCUGUAGCUGCGAAGCCAAAGGCAGCAGCAAAGCCUAAGGCAGCCGCCAAGCCCAAGGCUGCUCCGGCAAAGCCUAAGGCGAAGCCAAAGCCUGCCGCCAAGCCUAAAGCUGCUGCUCCCGCUAAGCCGAAGGCUGCCGCAAAGCCUAAAGCUGUGGCUAAGCCUAAGGCGGCAGCCAAGCCGAAGCCAAAACCAAAGCCAAAGGCAAAACCACCCGUUAAAGCAUCGAGAACCUCUACGAGGACUUCUCCUGGUGCGAAGAAACCAGCGGCUUCGAAACCAGCAGCAGCAGCAGCAAAGAAAGCACCAGCAAAGAGCGUGAAGAAGCCCAAGAGCGUAAAGUCUCCGGCGAGGAAAGCUCCUGCGAGGAAGGCGAAGAAGUGAAAGUGAAGGGAUGUAUCUCCUUGUGAGUCAUAGUUCUGUAAAUGGUAAAUGCUAAUUGGGCAUUUUUUGGUGUAAAUGCCCAGAAGCCAAGAGAAGAAGAGAGCUUGUACAACACUAGUGUAGGAUCUCUUAAUUUCUUUCAAUCUGGUGUAGCUAAUUAGCUUGAUUUGUUCUUU